AUGAGGAAAGAAGAUGAAGUACCUUUGGAGGUGCUAGUGGGGCUAAAAGUGCCUGUACACAGUGGCUCAAAUAAGGGCAAGCCCUUCUGCUUGGCACACUACCCGUCAGCCUUUCACAGUGUGAUGUUUAAUCCAGUAGAACCCAGAUUACUGGCUACUGCCAACUCUAAGGAAGGUGUGGGACUCUGGGAUAUCCGUAAACCUCAGAGUUCACUGCUCCGCUAUGGUGGAAACCUCUCCCUUCAGAGUGCCAUGAGCGUCCGGUUCAACAGCAAUGGAACCCAGCUGCUGGCACUGCGCAGGCGCCUUCCCCCCGUCCUCUAUGACAUCCACUGCCGGCUGCCUGUCUUCCAGUUUGACAACCAAGGGUACUUCAACUCAUGUACUAUGAAGAGCUGCUGUUUUGCAGGUGAUCGUGAUCAG